AUGAAGUGGUCUAGGGGGCCAAGCAGCGGCGUGCAUCGUUUUGCCUGCCUAUCGUUAUAUCGAGCACUUUUGCGACAAUCUCACAGAUUACCUCCGACAAGCACUGAAACCGAAAACAUUCGACACCUAGUGAGGACGAAAUUCGAUCGGUAUAAGGGGAUACAAAGCCCAACGCGAAUCCUACACUGCCUCCAAGCAGGAUACGAGGCCUUGGAUUUAUUGCACUCAGCAUGUUCGGAAAACAAAGAUUCUCUCGCUCGUAUUCAAUUACUUCUCCAAUCGUCGAGAUCUCGGACGCCUACGAGCACCCCAAAAGACGAAAAUAUUUCCACACCAGUUAGCCGCAGGGCGGAAAAACGAGCGGAAAAUAUAGAAUUCCAGCGUCAAUCAAGGUGGACACAUCCGAAAGUCGAACCUAUUCUGUCACGCCCAAGACCUGUUGUUGCCGGACGGCGAAAAGUGCCUGUCUUCGUCAACGCGCGCGGAGUUCCUUUCUUACGAAUAAAAAAGCCCCAGCCUCAGAUAUUAAGCCAGAUCAUUCGACAGAAACAUGCAUACAAAGAUAAAUUGAUCGAACGUCGUAAUAGGCUUCUUCUCGAAUAUUACUUCGCCAAAGAUGAAGAGGAUUGGGAUAGAAUUCUGAAUGGCGAAAGCAUAACCAAUGCGACACAUUGGUCGAAGGAACCACUGUGGCUAGAAGGUUCAUGGCCAGAGUCUGUGUGGGCGUCUUUUCAACAAUCAAACGACGAUAACUAUAUAUACGAACGAAAAAACCUUAACUUGGCAAGAGAACUAUGGCAAGUCGUUCUCGACGAACGAGAACUCGCCGAGAAAGAGAAAGCGGAGGGAAAAGACCAGGAUUCAGAAAUCCAUGUUGGCUCAAAAUCUAUGGACUCGGACCUUGCGCGUUGA